AACCUGAAGGCAAGAAUAAGAGUCCACUGAGGAUCAUGCAAAAGCAGGGAUGACUAAAUAGUACUGCUGGAGGAGAAGAUGUCGCUGGUGUUAUCAGUAAUGAAAAACAAGACUGGACCAACUAUGGGUUUAAACCAGCACAAAUCCGGAUUACCUUUCUUUAUUCAUAGCGAAAAAAAGGACCAGUCAGAUGUGGAGGCGGAAGCAUCUUCACAAAGUUCUUCAAUCGGGGUAUUGUCUUCUUCUUCAUCCAUACAUGAGGAUGAAAGGGGAGAUGAGGUACAGAGCAAGCUAAAAAAUGAGGGCCUUUUUGCCACUCUGACUUCUUUGGAAGAGACCCUUCCUAUCAAGAGAGGAUUAUCAAAAUUUUUCUCUGGCAAAUCAAGAUCAUUUGCUAGCCUCGCAGAGGCUACUUCCUGCAAUGCGACGGAUCUGGUGAAGCCGGAGAAUCCCUUCAAUAAACGCAGGAGAGUUCUUGUGUCCUGCAAGGCUUCAUGGAGGGGACGAGCUCCUUGCACUUCACUUGUAACAUCCUUUUCUCCUUUCCUCUGUCCUGGUUUUGUAAAAGAAGAUGAGGUGGAAAAUGAAGAGGAAGAAGUGGAGCAGGAGUGGGGAACAGGCUUUCCCUUUGCUCCUAUCCCAACUUUAAGAAAUAGGUUAAGGAAGCCCAGAACACACUUUUUUUCAGAUGUUCAAAAGCUCUAGUUCUUUUAAAUUGGAGAUCAAAUAAGCAAGUUCUUGAUCUCUGUCUUGUUAAAUUUUUCUCAAUUAAUUUACUUCUUAUUAUUCGCAA